GCACACUAUACAUUGAGGCUCUCUCCUCUUGAAAUUCGCGCCUUAUAUAAGAAAGUGAUCGUAAAGCUUCAUUCACACUUGCCAUCAGGAGAGAUUGAACAAUAUGAACAAGCUGACAGUAUUAUUCCUUCUUGCCUCAGUCAUCGCUCUAACAUGGGCUUUACCCAAGGAGGAAAGACCUUCAAAGCGCAGACUACUAAGGAUACUGCCCCAUGAGGCAAUGAAAAUGAAAAAACGCUCUCAUGAGUGCUCACCUUCAGCCAUCGCUGCCCUAAAACACUAUGGACUUGAYGCUCGCUUGUGCGGAAAAUCAAAGAGAGUGGAAGCUGACUUUUCACGCCUUCUUCAACGAAGAGAAUUAGAAUACGCAAUCUCUAAAGAACGAUACGACCAGCGAAGAGGAUUCAACGCAUGCUGYAGUCCUGAUUGUGAUUGGCUGCUAGACUACUUGGAGAUCGACUCCACAGUCGUGAAAUGCGUUGAUAAAAAAUAAAAUCCAAAGCCGAGAAAUUUCUAAAGUCACACCAUCACGUUGAUUACAAAAACUAAAAGAUAAACACAUAGGACCUCUGUAAGAAUUAGCUACCACACUGUACACUCCAUAGUAUACCGCUGGCCAAACACGGGAUCUGUCACCAACGCGCAUGUCCAAAAGUUCACGAAAAUAUAAUACUGAUAAUUUGUAGUUGGAAUUUUUAGUCAUGCGCAAUGUAAUAUGUGAAUAAAAUAAAGUGAAAUGUAUGUA